GGUUAUGCCGAUCUGAUAAAACUACUAACAGUACCAAGUUAACUAACUAGCUAGUUAAUCAGUGAGGGGGAGGGAUUAUUCCGAGUCAUGAUUUUUUUCUCUUGCCUCUUACCAGGUGCUGCAAGGAGGAUAAGAUUGUAACGACAGAAUGACAGAAACAGAAACAGAAAAGCAGCCAGCGCAGGAUGAAUCUGCCCUCAAUGAACCACAAAAUAACGCACAGGCAGACGUCUGCUGUCGAGAAGGAGGAUACGGAUGGGUCUGUGUGAUGUGCACGUUUCUGAUCAACGCUCACACAUGGGGGAUCAAUAGUGUAUGUAUUGCAUUAUACCCUGCAAUUAUACUGCGAGUUCCAAGCUCAAACCAAAUGAUGCAGGCCUACGGCGUAUUCCUAGCCUACUACCUCUCCAACGACGUCUUCCCCAACAUGACGGCCCUGCAGUACGCCUUCGUCGGCGGCCUGAGCAUCUCCUGCGCCAUGCUCAUCUCCCCCGUAGUAACAUACCUGUCGCACCAUUUCUCUCGCCGACUGGUCCUGAACAUCGGCGCCGUGCUCGUGAGCGUCUCCCUGAUCACGACCUCCUUCGUGAAGCGCAACUGGCAACUCUUCCUCUCGCAGGGUAUCUGCUUCGGCUUCGGUAUGGGAUUCAGCUUCGUCGGCUCUGUCGGCGUCGUCUCGCACUGGUUCGAGACGAAAAGAAGUCUCGUCAAUGGUAUCACCUCCGCAGGUUCGGGGACAGGUGGGCUCAUUUACUCGCUUGCUGCGGGGAAGAUGAUUCCCCGUCUGGGCUUUCCGUGGGCGAUGCGCGCGCUGGGUAUUAUUUGCUUCGCGGUGAAUCUGCCUUGUAGUAAUCUUCUCCGCUUACCGCCCGAGUAUGAUGCGAGCAGGGUGAACCAGCCCGCUCUCCGGCUCUCGCUGCUUCGCAGACCGGAAUACCUCAUCUAUCUCCUCUGGGGUCUUCUGAGUACGCUGGGCUACACAGUUCUCUUGUUCAGUAUGUCCAGCUACGCUGUCGCCAUGGGUCUCACGCAGUGGAAGGCAAGUAUAGCCGGCGCCUUGUUGAAUCUGGGCCAGGCCUUUGGUCGGCCGGCCGUGGGCCUGUUAAGCGACAAGCUCGGCCGGCUGGAAGUCACCUUUGUCGCGACUCUUCUAGACGGGCUCUUCUGUCUGGUUAUCUGGGUCUUCGUCAACUCGAUCGGCGUGAUUUAUUUCUUCGCGAUCCUGGUCGGUCUGGUUGCUGGGACGCUGUGGGCGGCUGCUGCGCCCCUUGGUGCUGAGGUGGUUGGUUUGGCUGAUCUUCCUAGUGCUUUGGGGAUAUUCUGGUUCGUGCUUGUUCCGCCGACGGCUGUCGCUGAGCCCAUUGCCUUGCAGCUUCGGGAUGGUCUUGGACAUUCCAAGCCGUAUCUUCGAGUUCAGCUUCUCGCUGGCUUUGUGUAUUUGGGUGCUGCUCUGUGUGUGAUUCCUUUGAGGAUUCUUUUGUCUCGACGCCGGGCUGCCCUGAAAAGGGGAGUUGUUGGUUCGUAGUUUCAUAUAGAUGAUGAAUAUCAUUUUCAGUCAUUACCUCUUAAAAUGGCUAUUGUAAUGUCAAUAUUGAUUACAUUCUCUUAAUUGUAUGAGAAAGGAAUCAAAGCUCCAUCUCUUGCUCUGUAUGGUUAUUUCCCGCAGACACAGGUGACACGAAUGACCAUGCCUCAUAGCUAUCUGCCCGUGCGGCAAGGUAGGCUGCUCUGCGAGUCCGUAUUGAGUUGGAGAUGGCUGAAGCAGCAUAUGUUGAUGGUCCGUCGGUUUCAUGUUCGUAAUGUUCAUCCUGCUGCUGAGAAUCGAACGCAGAGUCAGAUAUGGAAAGCGUGGCAGUGCUACUCGUGCUGGAUUGCUCAUGUUCUAUAUCAUCCAUGUCUCCGUCUGUUUUCACGUUCGUUUCCGUAUUGUCCAUGUCUGUAGAUUGGUAGUUGUCGCAACUGGUGUAAGGGGACUUCCCCUCCGCAGUAACUGGAUCAUUUUCUCUUUCAUCCUCCCAAGACGAGGGCAGAGAUCCGACGCUCAAGAGUGAGUUCUCGUUUAAUUUCUGCUCAUUCCUCAAGUAUUCCCGCGCGCGGCAUAUAACACUGCGCUUGACACUCUCCUUCCCAAUACCUAGCUUGGGGAUCUCGAGUGGUUCAUUAAAUAACUUAGAUGUAUUCGACUCACGGUCUUGCUUCUUCAAAUGUGAGUGAGGAAUGGAAGACUGAACAGUAUACUGGACUGCUGUAAUUGGCUCUGUGGGGGCUAAUGUUGUUGUUGUUGAUGCUAACCUUUGAAGACGCGGUGCGACGCUUCUUGCUGUAAGAUGAUGUUCAUUUCCGGUUUCAUCUUCUUCAGCUAUCGAGACGGAUAUACAGCUCUUGUUAAUGUUGCUGGAGAAGCUCUCUGAGGUUCUCUUUAUUCCAGUAUCGUUUCUCUGACGUUUGGGCAUGCUAUUGUGUAUACUUUCCCC